GGUUGCAGAUGGUUGCAGGUAGUGGAAGCAGGUAGGGAAACUGACAAAAAUCUCCGGGAACCUCACGGAAACCUUGGGUGGAGCACAAAGUCUCCAGAGGUUUCCGUUCAGGUUUUCUAAGUGGGACAGGGGCAUUAGGUUCCUAUUAAAUCUUUCGCCCCUCACCUUAAACCUACGUCCUCUGGUUCUCAAUUCCCCUACUCUGGGCAAGAGACUCUGUGCAUUCACCCCUAUCCAUUCCCCUCAUGAUUUUGUAGGGAUUAAAUAUUUAAGAAAAUGGUUUAAGAAAAUUACACCCCACGAGGGGAGUGGUCAGUUUGAGGUUUGCAGGCUAGCAUGCACGGGUCUUGCUUGGUUGCAAACGCCUUCCCGUGCGUUGCAACGGUGCAGCUGCGCCGGCGCCGCACCUGCCGCUGUCGAUCGCUGCCGGCGGGGCCCGGCCGGCGCAGGUGCGGCUGUCAGUCAGCGCCGUUCCCCGGGAAUCCGGCUGCAGGGCUGGAGCGGCCCUCGCCUGUCAUCCAGCGGAGAGGCUGCGGGAGGGGAUUGCGGGCCGAUUGCGGUGCGGAAAUGGCUGAGGCCCACAACCUCCAGGAAUUGCAGCCAAGUGCAUCCCUGGCCACCAAGGUCUUCAUCCAGCGGGACUACACCGAGGGAAUCCUCUGCCAGUUUCAGUCGAAGUUCCCUCCGGAGCUGGAGAGUCGGGUGGAAAGGCAUUACUUUGAGGAAACAGUGAAGACCUUGAACAAUUACUAUGCCGAAGCAGAGAAAAUCGGAGGGACGUCGUACUUUGAGGGGUGCAUGGCUUGUGUAACGGCCUAUGUGAUCUUCAUGUGCAUGGAGACUCGCUAUGAGAAGGUUUUGAAGAAGAUUUCCAAAUACAUCCAAGAUCAAAAUGAGAAGAUCUACGCCCCUCGAGGACUGUUGCUCACGGACCCCAUCGAACGAGGGCUGCGAGUUAUCGAGAUUGCGAUCUACGAGGACCGGUGCAGCAGCAGCGGCAGCAGCAGCAGCAGCAGUAGUUGCAGCGGGCAGUGACGGCGCUGCGACCUGGGUUGCGACGGCUCCGGCUUUGCUCCUUCGAGCGGACGGCCGUCUUCACGCGACGACGGCGGUCACCAGAGUAUUGUGAACCAUCGCUGCUUUGCGGAGUUUAAUCCGGAGGGGUGGGUAGGUUAGGGAUUGGGGAGAGGAGGGGAGGGUGGGGAGAGGGGAGAGUGCGCGGGGGAGCGUGUCGGUGACUCCUUAUGUUGAAGCCCAGAAUUGCGACGCCUGUCGAACCUGCGGCGAGAAUUGCAUCGGGGGAGGGGGCACAGCGGGGUGGUGGACCAGUGCAACACCGAGUGGAACAAGGGUAGAGGGAAAGAUGGGGAGCGUCUGGGAGGGAGACCUCUGGCAUUUGAAUGCAGGGAUACUUACAUAGCGAUGUA